CCCACUCGGGCCGCCGUGGUUCUCCCUCGUGUUCGCUCGCUCCCUGUAUCUGUGUCCCGAGGGGGGGAGGGGGCGGAAAGCAAGGGAGAGAGGGGUUGCCCGGGCAGGAUUUUUCCCUUCUUCGGGUCUCUUGAAUAGCUAAAGCUCAGGAACACGCUUCGCGGCGCCUCCAGGAAGCCCAAAGCAGCAUGUCCGGGAGCAAAUACGGAGAGCCUGAGGAUUACAGCUACACUUGCCCCACCCGGGAGCAAGGCAACAUCUACAAACCCAACAACAAGGUCAUGGCCGAUGAAGUGAACGAGGAGUACCGCGAUGCCCACACCAAGGAAAUCGACCUGGUCAAUCGGGACCCCACGCAUCUCAACGACGACGUGGUCAAGAUUGAAUUUGUAGAUGUGAUUGCCGAACCGGAGGGGACCCACAGCUUUGACGGAGUCUGGAAAGCUAGCUUCACCACUUUCACUGUGACAAAAUACUGGUUUUAUCGCUUAUUGACCACAAUCUUCGGCAUUCCAAUGGCUCUCAUCUGGGGCAUUUUCUUUGCCAUUUUGUCGUUCUUCCAUAUCUGGGCAGUGGUGCCCUGCAUCAAGAGCUACUUGAUUGAGAUCCAGUGCAUUGGCCGUGUUUAUUCUAUUGGCAUCCACACCCUCUGCGACCCAAUUUACGAGGCCGUUGCCAAAAUGUUCAGCUCCAUCAAAGCAACAGUGCGGAAAGAAGUGUAAAUGACGUUUCAGAGAACCUGAAGAAUGGGUCUCCUCCACCCUUUGUGUCACUAUUUGGAGUGCCAGUCUCAAGGCUGUCAAUGGUUACCAACAUACAAUAAUACCAGAUAAUGAAAUGAUCAACCUGAACGCAGCAAAAGAAAUUGCUGACUCAAUUUUUCUUUAUCCCUCCUCAAUUUAUGUUACUCUUUUCAGGAGAGAGGUCAAUUUGCAUUUUUAAAAGUUUCUUUUUUUAAUGGCUGCUCUCCAAAUUCCUAUCUGCGUAUUGAUUUGCUGACCUUUUGACAAACCAGCUUAUGUUCUGCUUACCUCUUCUGUUUGUUUGUUGCACGUUAAAUUCAUGACGAUAUAAUAAAGAACUGCAAAAAUGCUUUCCAGCACUACUGUAAUACAAUACUGCUCUUCAUUUUACUGUGAGCAAUUUUUUUUAAAAAAGGCCUAAAGCUGUUGCAGCAUAAUGGACAUGACAAGCUGGCAGAUUUUAAAAGAAUGUUCUUUUUUCAGAUGUAUUGUCUGUCAACUGUAGCUCUUUACUGUAGUGGACCAUAUCUAACUGCUGCGCAGAGGGAGAUCUAAGUAAAUAACUAAUAUAUAUGUUCAACAAAGAGAAAGAGAGAGACAGAGAGAGAAAUCAAGUGCCUUUAGAAAGAUAAAGCCUUCAACUUGGACAUCCACAGAAAGCUGUCCUGUGUUGUUGACCCUCUGGAGAGAUUAUUUGCAGAUCUUUAUCAUAUGUUACUAAAAGAAUGCCUUAAUGCUUUUUAAAGAAAUACUGAAUUAUUCAUCUAUAUCUCAGUGUCAUGAACUUCUGAUCAGCUGGCUCUCGCCUGUGAUUCUCCACAUCUCCCACUUGAGAUUCCCUAAAUGGAUACACAGUUCCAAUGCGCACCACUGAAUGACGACUCCUGCAAAUUUUGAUGUUCAGGAUCAAAACUGAAGUCAGAAAUGUAUUGUGAAUUUAUUUUCUUGAUUUUUGAGUCCAAGUGUAAAAGCACUUCCAUCAGCAAAACUCAUAUGGCAGGGUUCAUACUGGAUAAUGAUUUGCCCCUUAGCAAAUAUUAGUCUUUUUUUUUUAAAGUAACUUGUUCAUAAACAGAUGUUUCAAAGAAAAUAAGCAAAUAUUAGUCUCCCUGUGAAGGGACUUUACAGACUUUUCAAAAUGGGUGUUUUGGUUUCUCCAACUCGUGUGGCACCAUGCUAAGCUAUGAACUGGGUUUCUACAAUUGGUUUGAUGUGGCUGUUUUCUGUGAGGGGCCAGCUUCACAAUCCCUUGUCCGUCAAGGCCAGCAUGUUGCUAGCACACCCACGCUUUGCUUACUUCAUGCUAAUACGCUACAAGUGUGGCUUCAGCAACACUAUAUUAUAAUUGUCUCACCACCAAAUCCCUGCCUAAGCUGUACACAUGAAUCAGAAAGUCUUUAUAGAAGUCAUUUGUGCAAAGCUGACAUAAAAAAAAAUUGCAGAAAUAAAGCAUUUGCAAUGUAAUGUCAUGCUGUGACCUGCUUGGAGGCUUUAGACUCACUAUAAUGUAGCUGCAGUGAGAUAAUAUGUCUGUUGGUUUUGCAUGAAUUGGUUGCUUUUUCCAUAGUUGUGAGGUUAAGCUAACUGAGAUAAGUCCUUCUGAACUGAAACUGAGGAAUUUCAAGGCUGGUUGAGGUUCAGUCAGCACCACACACAAAAAAGGCCCUCAUGUUGCCCAUCCCUGCCAUAGUGCUGUUCAUUGAGACCAAUACCAGACCAAAGUAUUUGGCUUCCUUAAGUGGAGCCCAAAUUGCACCUUUCUUCCUCACCAGCUUUGUCAGUAAUAAUGCUUUAGAAAAUAUUCCCGCCUACAUCUGUUACCCACUCCCUUCAUCCACAGUGUCCUCUGUGUUAGCUUGUCUCAUCCUGCCACAUGGCAAGGCUGGUUCUCCAUGGGACAGGUCCCUAAUAAGCAUGCCUGAGAGGGUGAUACUACUCCACUAUCAAAACUGCCCAACUAGUGAAUUAGAAGUAACUUGUGUUUGCAGUGCCAGGACUUACUACAGACACAUCUGGGUUUGUUUCCUGAAAUUAGUUUUCCCACCAUUUCUACAAGGUGGUUCUGUAAACUGCCACAGGAAAGGAGAUCACAAUGGCCUGGGUGACAGUUAAUUACAUCAAGCUCUCAGGUACCAUACCCUGCAGGAAAGUAACAACCCACUGGUUUCAAUAGCUUGCUU